UCAAACAAAGGGACGUGUUUUGGAAAAGAAAAAUAGUUUUUUGUUUGUUAAAAAUAUUAAAGUAAUAAAAAUAAAUAGAUUUUUUAAAUUAAUUAUUUUCAAACAAAGAAAUGGCAGAUGAUUUACAAAGUUACAAACUACAAUUACAACAGGUUGAGGCUGCCCUCCUCACAGAUCCUGAAAAUUCCGAGUUGCUUAAGCUGAAAAAAGAUCUCGAAGAAGUAAUAGAACUUACAAGAGAUCUAAUCAAGACACAACUCGAAGAACAAAAGAAAUCUUCGUAUGUCGAACCAGCCACCUCAACAUCGUACUACGAUGAAAUCGAAGCUGCCUUACUGGAAGCCGAGAAACUCGUUUGCCCGGCAAAAGUGUGGAAAAUUGGCGAUAAAUGCCAAGCUAAAUGGACUGAAGAUGGUGUCUACUAUGAUGCCACCAUCGAGGGCAUAACCGUUGAGGGUGAGGUUAGUGUAAUAUUCGAGGCAUAUCAAAAUCGUUCGACAACAACGUUAAAAGAGCUAAAAGAACGUACAAGUCGUAAUGAAGUCUUCCCAUCAACAAAACGACAUCGACCGAAUCAAAAAGAAUACCUCAAAAAACGCAAACAAAAGAAACAACAACGCUUCAAGGAACUCGAAGAGGAACGCGAACACGACAAAAACAAGUGGCUUAACUUCACUACGAAGAAUUCAAAGAAACCCGGAAUGAAGGUAAAAAGUAUAUUUGCAUCGCCCGAGAAUGUCGAAGGACGCGUAGGCAUCGGCACCUGCGGUGUCUCUGGCAAGGGCAUGACAGAAUUCACAGUCGGCGAGAAAUUGCGGAAAGGCAUUUAGUUGUGCUUCUCUUCAUAUUUUUGGUUAGGCUAAUUUUUUCAAACAACUAUUUUACGCAUAAAACAAAACAAACAAAAUUUCAAUAAAAAAGAAAAAACUUUUGUCAGUUAAA